AUUUUGUUUACAUUCGAAAAUUUAAUAAAACCGCGGCGGUUGCGAGAGCAAAAUUUAAUUCUAAAAAGUGAUUCUACGAAAGAUUGAUACAUUUUAAACAUUUAUUCGUUUGAGCCAACAGCAAAAAUGAACGAAGCGUACAGUGUUCUGGACGACAAGAAAGAACCCGGUGACGAGGACGAAUUCAUUGGGGCAGCGGAUUUCUUCGACCCAAUCGCUGCCCUGUUGUCCAGCAUUGGCGGCGAAGCGGAAAAUCUGACCGAAGAGCUCAGGAAAUAUGGCAUCAAAUACGAACAUUUGUCCGCGCUGUGCGACGAGGAUCUCAGUCUUUUGGGAAUGAAAAACAAAAAGGUUCGGGAAGAAGUCCUUGUCGAGAUCUCGAGCCUUCCGAAUCAAAUGGAGCAUUACGAUGGGGAGUUGAAAACUCUCAAUACCGGGGAAUACGUUGGUGACGUGCUGGCCAACAUUUCAAGCCAGCUGGACAACCUUAAGGCGCUGCUGGUUCUGACCCAGGUCAAAAUACAUACCCAUCACGUGAACAAUGUCCAGAUAGACGACACCAAGUAUGCCUCGGAGGUCUUGGUGAAUGUGUGCGAGAAACUGACACGCGGCACCAUCGAACUGCAAAACUCGAUGGAGACGUUGCUCGAAGGACGAUCUCCGCAGAACGAAACAAAGGCCAUUCAACGGGUUUCUGCUGCUCCCAGCAAGUGUCCCAUGAAAUUUCUUUUGAUGGGAAGCGUUCUAUUGAGCAGCGCUUAUCUAGGGUUUAAGUACUUCAGAGUGAAACCGUUUUUGAUGUAAGACUGAAAGUUGUUUAAUGUUCCAAAUAAAUAUUAAAAUAAUCGUGCCACUAAGGCCCAUCCAA